CCGCAAAUCACCAGUUGAGGGCUGGAGCGCGCGCCGCGGGCUCAGAGGCGCGCCUGCAGCUGCCGGGGCCGGGGCGGGAGCCGGAGUCGGAGCCGGAGCCGCCGCCGCCGCCGCCGCCGCAGCCGCGGGAGCCACCGGGCGCACGGGAGAUCCGCGCGCGGGCUUUUCUGCGGGCACGCCCCGCCGACCAUGAGUGGCCCGCGCCCUGGGAGCAGCCGCGGCUGGGGGGCCGCCGAGGGGCGCCUCUGAGCCCCUAGCCGGAGAGCCCCAGCACCGAGCGCCGCGCGGGGAGGAACCUCUUCAGAGAAGUCCUCCCAUACCACCCUCAUCUAACUAGCUCUCCAUCCCAACUGAGGAGCCGAGAAUUAUGGCUGCAGGAAAAUUUGUGAGCCUUCCCAGAAACAUGCCAGUGAAUCACCAGUUCCCUUUGGCCUCGUCCAUGGACCUUCUGAGCAGCAAGUCCCCUCCAGCUGAGCAUCCCGGAGAUGCCUAUCAGGACGUGUCUAUACAUGGCACCCUCCCACGGAAGAAAAAGGGCCCUCCUCCCAUCAGGUCCUGUGAUAACUUCAGUCACCUAGGGACCCUGCCCCAUUCCAAAUCCCCACGGCAGAACUCUCCUCUGACCCCGGCCAUCAUCCAGGAGCACCCCCUGCAAGACUGGAAAGGCGAAACCUUCACCUUUAGGGAUCAGCAUCUUCUGGACCCAGCUCUGGAAUAUGUGAAGUUCUCCAAGGAGAGGCACGUCAUGGACAGGACCCCUGAGAGGCUGAAGAAGGAGCUGGAGGAGGAGCUGCUGCUGAGUGGCGAGGACCUGCGCAGCCAUGCCUGGUACCACGGACGCAUCCCCCGCCAGGUGUCGGAAAACCUCGUGCAGCGGGAUGGCGACUUCCUGGUCCGUGACUCUCUGUCCAGCCCCGGCAACUUCGUGCUGACCUGUCAGUGGAAGAACCUGGCUCAGCACUUCAAGAUCCGCCGGACGGUGCUGCGGCUCAGCGAGGCCUACAGCCGCGUGCAGUACCAGUUCGAGACCGAGAGCUUCGACUCCAUCCCCGGCCUGGUGCGCUGCUACGUGGGCAACCGCCGGCCCAUCUCGCAGCAGAGCGGAGCCGUCAUCUUCCAGCCCAUCAACAGGACGAUGCCUCUGCGCUGCCUGGAGGAGCGCUACGGCGUCUCGCCUGGCCGGGCGCGGGACGGCAGCCUCCCCGAGGUCCAGCCGGACGCGGGCAAGAGGCUGAGCCUCACCAUGGGUGGCGUGCAGGCCCGGGAGCAGAGCUCGCCCCAGGGGAACCUCCUCAGAAAUAAAGAGAAGAGCGGUAGCCAGCCAGCCUGCCUGGAUCACAUGCAGGACCGACGAGCCUUUUCCCUCAAAGCGCACCAGUCGGAAAGUUACCUGCCACUUGGCUGCAAGUUGCCCCCUCAGUCCCCGGGGGUGGACACAAGCCCCCGCCCAAACUCACCCGUUUUCAGGACGGGCAGCGAGCCCACCCUGAGCCCCGCACUGGUUCGGAGGGUCUCCUCGGACGCUAGGGCAGGGGAGGCUCUGAGGGGCUCAGACAGCCAGCUGUGCCCCAAGCCACCCCCCAAGCCCUGCAAGGCUCCCUUCCUCAAGGCUCCCCCAUCUCCAUCCACCUGGCUCAACUCGGAGGCCAACUACUGUGAACUGAACCCAGCCUUCGCUGCAGGCUGUGACGGGGGCGCGAGGCCCCCCAUCUGUGCCCAGGACAGCUACGUGGAGCUGCUAAAGGCCAAGCAGAACGGGGGGCCGGGUCCCCGGAACUCUGGCACCAGCUACUUGAUCCUCGAGGAUGACGGGGCGGGCCCUUGGGAGGCAGUGGCCAUGCAGGUGGACCGGAGGCCAGAGGAGGGUGAGGCUGAGUUCGUGCUGCCCCGUCUGGAGACGGCCUCCUCAUUCAGACCCAAUGACUUUGAGUCGAAGCUCCUUCCUCCUGAGAACAAGCCCCUGGAAAUGGCAAUGCUGAAGAGGGCGAAAGAACUGUUCACAAAGCACGACCCCAAGGUCAUCGCCCAGCACCUACUGAGCAUGGACUGUGUGGUCACGAGGAUACUUGAAGUCUCGGAAGAGAUGAGGAAGAACAUGGGCGUGAGCUCAGGCCUGGAGCUCAUCACCCUGCCUUACGGCCACCAGCUGCGCCUGGACAUCAUUGAAAGACACAACACAAUGGCAAUCGGCAUCGCAGUGGACAUUCUGGGCUGCACGGGCACUCUGGAGGACCGAGCAGCCACCCUCAAUAGGAUCAUCCAGGUGGCGGUGGAACUGAAGGACUCCAUGGGGGACCUCUACUCCUUCUCGGCCAUCAUGAAAGCCCUGGAAAUGCCACAGAUCACAAGGUUAGAAAAAACGUGGACUGCCCUGAGGCACCAGUACACCCAAACAGCGAUCCUCUAUGAAAAACAGCUGAAGCCUUUUAGCAAGAUCCUGCAUGAGGGCCGGGAGUCUACGUGUGUUCCCCCCAACAAAAUAUCAGUCCCAUUACUGAUGCCUCUUGUCACCCUGAUGGAGCGCCAGGCUGUCACUUUUGAAGGAACUGACAUGUGGGAAAAAAAUGAUGAAAGCUGUGAGAUUAUGCUGAACCACUUGGCCACAGCCCGGCUCAUGACAGAAACUGCAGACAGCUACCGGAUGAAUGCCGAGAGGAUCCUGGAAGGUUUUCAACCAGAUGAAGAAAUGAGUGAAAUCUUCAAGACUGAAUUUCAAAUGCGAUUGCUAUGGGGCAGCAAAGGUGCACAAGUGAAUCAGACAGAGAGAUAUGAGAAAUUCAACCAGAUUUUAACUGCCCUCUCACGUAAAUUGGAACCACCUCCUAUAAAGCAGGCAGAGCUUUGAUAACUCUCCAGAGAACCUUAGGAUAUUAUUUGAAGCUUCUCCAGUUUCUUCUUUGGGAAGGCUUAUCAUUUGAUAAAGUAAUAAUGUGCAAAUCUGACAGUAUACAAGCUUUUAGUAUCCACAGGAUAUUAAACAUGUAAAUUACACAGAGCACACUUAUUUAUGAAUUGUUUAAAAUUACUACUGAUUUUAAAAUGAAAAUAAUUUAUUAUGAAGGUAACUAUUGCUAAUGUUGAUCAGCAAAUUUAAGAGAAGACGAUGUUGGCUGGUUGCCUUCUUUUUCUGAGGUAUUUGACCAUUUUAGUUUAAAUUCCUUGUCAGAGAAGUGUAAAUAGAAAAGAGUUGAAAAGCAUGAAAGAUUAUGGAAGGUAUCAGUUGUAUGAUAUUCUUUAAAUAUGAAAAAUGUAAAUAAUCAUAUGAAAAUAUAUCUUUUUGUGAAAUAA